CAUGUGGGAUCUAGUUCCCUGACCAGGGAUCGAACCUGGGCCCCCUGCAUUGGGAGCACGGAGUCUUACCUGCUGGACCACCAGGGAAGUCCCUCAUCUGUGCAUUAGAUCCAGUAUUUGCUUGUAGCAUAUGUUACCAUUGAUUGUUAAAUAAAUGUAAGGUGUUAGUAUAAGAGAUUGAGUUCACUGGUUUUUAGACACACCUAUUUUAUUUUGGUUUGGUUUCCAUUGUAAGCCUUAACUUUGGCUCCAAGUAAGUUUUAUUGGUUGGCUCUUUCCAAGAAUCUUAUCUCUGUAACAUGUUUAGCAUAGUGCCUAGCAAUAUUAGGUACUAUAAAUGAUAGAUAUUGAUAUAAUGAUUACUUUUAUUAAAUCAUCAAAAUAGGCUAUGGACUCUGAGGGCAACCAAGACAGCAUGAUUGGAUGAUGCAUUAGCUGCUUUAAAGAGGACGAAGCUCUUGAGGAUAUGGAAAGUCUAAUUAUGAUUAACCUCCUUGUAUAGAAAGUAUUUAGAUUAGUUUUUUUUCAGCUUUAUUAAGAUAUAAUUGAUAUAAAAUAUAACCGUACACAUUAAAGUGUACAGUUUGAUGUGUUUUGAUAUGAGUUAACACCCAUGAAACCAUCACCCCCCAAAUUCCAAAAUGCCCUUUUAUAAUCCUUUCAUCCGAGCCCCUUCCCACCUAUUCUUAGCCCUAGGUAACCACUGGUCUGCUUUCUGUCACUACAGGUUAGUUUGCAUUUUCUAGAAUUUUAUGUAAAUGAAAUCAUACAGUAUGUAUGCUUUUUUUAACCUGUUUCCUUCCACUCAGCAUAAUUAUUUUGAGAUUCAUCCAUGUUAUGUAUAUUGAUAAUUUCAGACCAGUAAUUUCUGAAUAAUUUAUCCUAUUGAUUUUGUUUGGUGUCUUCUGUUUUUUUUUACUUAUAGACCUGUGGUGGACAGACUUGGGAAAGACCAUUGCUAGAUGUGAAAGCUUGGGGUAGGCGAGAAGUCCUACUGUACCUUCCUAGACAGAAAGGCUUCAAAGUGGGACUGGUUAAGCCUAUCUUAAUCAUGGUCUUUCUGAGUUACCCAAACUCUGGUCGGUAUUGUACAGAAAAUGCUUAAUGAUGAAUCCCCUCAUUAUUUGUGUUGGGCGGUGGUGUGGGGAAAAGCUUAGGACUAAUCUGCAUUAUUCUGGUAUUGCUUUCUCUUGCUCCUAAUUUUUAGUCAUGCGUUCUUACCUUUUUAUUGGAAAUAUGUGCCAAUUUAUGUUUAAACCAAUUAUUUAUUCAGAAUUUUGAACAGUAGAAUGGAGGCCAAGUGUCCGUUGUAAAAUAAAUAGUAAUUUUGAGUACCAACAUUUUCUUUUCACAGGACAGGGUCUAUAUUGUAUUUUGUCUCUACCUAGAUAUUCAGUUUUCUUCUAGACCCCUGACCUUUUCUAAGCCACAAAGCAGAACUCGUUCAGAUCUGUAAGAUCUGCUACAAUGGCAUCCGAUGACUUUGAUAUAGUGAUUGAGGCCAUGCUGGAGGCUCCCUAUAAAAAAGAGGAGGAUGAGCAGCAAACUAACGAGGUUGAAAAGGAGAGCCCUAGUAACACCACCAACAGCACCAGCUGUACCGGCAGCAGUGGCAGUGGCACCAGUGGGAGCAGCGCCAGUGGGGAGGCAGGCAGGAAGAAGAGGAGUCGGAGCCAUAGUAAAAGCAGGGAUAGAAAACGCAGUCGUAGUCGAGACCGUCAUAGGCGGAGAAGCAGUCGGAGCCGGAGUCGAGAUCGACAGCGUCGUCACCGCAGCCGUAGCUGGGAACGUCGACAUAGUAGUGAGUCACGAAGUCGAGACCGACGUCGUGAGGAUCGUGUGCGCUACAGGAGUCCACCGCUUGCCACUGGGCGUAGGUAUGGACACAGUAAGAGUCCUCAUUUCCGGGAGAAGAGCCCAGUCAGGGAGCCAGUUGAUAAUCUGAGUCCUGAGGAGCGGGAUGCCCGCACGGUGUUCUGUAUGCAGUUAGCUGCCCGCAUUCGGCCUCGGGACCUGGAGGACUUUUUCUCGGCUGUUGGCAAGGUUCGAGAUGUACGUAUCAUCUCAGAUCGGAACUCACGUCGUUCUAAGGGCAUUGCCUAUGUGGAAUUCUGUGAGAUCCAGUCUGUGCCACUUGCCAUUGGGCUGACCGGACAGCGGCUGCUGGGAGUGCCUAUCAUUGUACAGGCCUCACAGGCUGAGAAAAACCGACUGGCAGCCAUGGCCAACAACCUGCAGAAGGGCAGUGGUGGACCAAUGCGCCUCUACGUGGGCUCCCUGCACUUCAAUAUCACCGAGGACAUGCUCCGGGGCAUCUUUGAGCCCUUUGGCAAAAUUGAUAAUAUUGUCCUGAUGAAGGACUCAGAUACAGGCCGCUCUAAAGGUUAUGGUUUUAUUACGUUCUCUGACUCUGAGUGUGCCCGCCGGGCCCUGGAACAGUUGAAUGGCUUUGAGCUUGCUGGUCGGCCUAUGAGGGUUGGCCAUGUGACCGAGCGACUGGAUGGUGGCACAGACAUCACUUUUCCUGAUGGAGACCAGGAUCUGGAUCUGGGAUCAGCGGGUGGACGUUUGCAGCUCAUGGCCAAAUUGGCAGAAGGCUCUGGAAUCCAGCUGCCGACCACUGCUGCUGUUGCCCAAGCUGCUGCCUUGCAACUGAAUGGAGCAGUUCCUUUGGGGGCCCUGAACCCAGCGGCUUUGACGGCUCUGAGUCCGGCCCUGAACCUCGCCUCCCAGGCAAUCGCCUCCCAGUGCUUCCAGCUUUCCAGCCUCUUUACCCGCCAAACCAUGUGAGUCUCAAGGCCCAGCUCAUUUCAGUGUUCACAGCUAACUUUCUUUCCUCCGGCUUCCCGUUUACAUCUUCUCCAUGCCACAGGUAAUUAGUGGCGCAGUCCACUGCCUACCUGUGCCUCUGGGUCCUGCCACUCCCUUCUCCACGUCUACCCUUCCAUGGCCCCUUCUCUCCAUUCUGUGGACCAAACCAUCCUGAGGGUGUGAACAUUGACGGUGGGGGAACUGGGACCCCCUAGGACACCAAGAAGAGCUCCUGCCCACCGCAGCCGCAGUGGGAAUGGACUCUGGUGAGCAAAGCUGCCAGUUGAAGAGAACAGAAUCUGCACUUGAAUUGAACAUCUGUUUCUCUGUAUUUAUCGUCUCCUGGGAUGACCUUCCUUGCCCUUUACAACCACCUCUUACUGAUUCCUUGAUUCCUCCCCCAUUGGGAAGGCCAUAGGGCAUUAACUGAAGGAACUAACCGCUCUUUGCCUGCCUGUACCUUUACUGUACAGUCUGUCACGGAAAACCUUUAAGACCUCUCGUCUGUGAGGACUUUGGGGUUUGAGGGAGUGAACCUUGAAAGUGCUGGCUUGCUGCUACAAGGGCCCUGGAAGAUAGCACAGACGUGUGUUGGGAAGCCUGCCUUAAACCUUAGCUUGGGGCCAGAACUGCUACUGUGGGCUCAACAUCUUUCUGGGAGGUGUGGGAAUGAUCUCUCCUGCCAGCCAUUUUGGAUGUCUUAGGGGCAUUCGGGAGUUCAGUGAAAGGUGGGGUACCUUUCUGGUAUCUUCCAUCUUCCUUUGUGUAGUUGUCCUUCCUUUGGCCCAGGGUGGGAGGAUGGAGGGGAGGCUGCUUCUCUCCACCACUUCCAUGUGCCUCUGGAGACUGUGGGCUCAGGCCCAGCUGGGCACACGUGAGUCCUUCUCACUGUAUUUUAUACCCUUGUGUCUGUGUACAUAAAUAUAUAUAUAUAUAUAUAUAUAUAAACUUUGUACAAAAGGCAGGUCCCACGGUUGUGGCGGCGGCUGCCCAUGUGUGGUCUCGGUCCAGUGGUGUGUCUGUCUGACGUUAACUUCUCCUGAGCCAAAACCACGAAUGGUUCUAGGGAUAUAAAACAUUUGUAAUGCUA